AAGAGCCAUAAGAGAGAGAGAAAGAAGUGGGGUCAAUGUGAACCCAUAAUAAUAUAGCUACUAGUGUUUCUUAUAUAGUUUUCAAAUUCGAAGCUCUUUUAACUUUCACUUUGAAAUUGAUUUAUAUCAAUAAAAAAAUUAGGAAAAAUGCAGGCUGUGAAGGAAAAGCUACAGGACAUGAAUGCCAUGCGUAAGGUCAAGGCAGAAGCAAAGGCCGAAGAGAAGGCUGAGAAGGAUCUUGCAAAAGCGAGAAUGGACAUAGCUCAUGAGGUUAGAUUGGCAAAAGAGGCUGAAGCAGCAAUGGACUUACAUGUGACAAAAGCAGGGGAGAGAGCAGAGAAAGAAAUAGAGAAGCAUACAUCCACAGGUCAAGCUGCUUCGAUGGAAACAGCGAAUGGUCCCAUAUACACGGCUACUGAGACACAUCGAAUGGACCAUCACUAGAAGUAUUUUGCAAUUAACAAAAUAGAUAUCAUGAAAUUGAAUACUGUAUUUAAGGAUAUAUUUUUCAGUUAAUUAGUAAAAGAAAUUUGUUGCCUUUGUGAUUUUUA